GUAACCCGUACUGUAUCUCUGCCAGUUCUCCUCAAUCGUGUGGGUGUACAUCGAGCGCUUGUGUUAACGUUCUUAUCCACCGAGGGUAAUUCGCAAGCUACCAAUCUGGGAAUGGCUGAUAUUGAGACCCAUGUCUGCCAUAGCCUGGACCAGGGGGCCCACGCAACCAUAGAGAAGUCGGCUUCACAGGUAAUAGCAACAGAGGAACAAGAUGACACUUUCGACGAGAAAUAUCCAGAGGGAGGCCUUCAGGCCUGGCUUGUGGUCCUAGGGUCAUGGUGUGCAAUGGUUCCCUCAAUGGGAUUGUUGAAUACCAUUUCAGUCCUCCAUGCGUGGACGUCCACCCAUCAGCUCUCAGAAUAUUCUGAAUCCAGUGUCGGAUGGAUCUUUGGCGUCUUCAGCUUCUUCCUAUAUUUUGCAGGCGCCCAGGUCGGUCCGAUAUUUGACAGCCGUGGACCGCUGCCGGUCGUAGUCCCGGGGUCGAUUGGUUUGGUGGUAGCAGUAUUCUGCUUCAGUGAGAGCACAGAGUACUACCAAAUCAUGCUCUCUUUCAGCGUCCUAGGCGGCCUGUCGUCUUGCUGUCUCUUCACUCCUGCCAUCUCCGCCAUCGGACACUGGUUCAAUGUCCGUCGUGGCAUCGCCACCGGAAUCGCCUGUACUGCUGGCGGACUCGGUGGCGUCUUCUUCCCCCUCAUCAUAUUGUAUGUCGCUCCGAAAUUGGGGUUCGCAUGGGCCAUGCGCAUCAUCGGGAUAAUUUGUUUUGUGCUAUGCGGUUGCGCAUGCCUUCUUCUAAAGACACGGCUCAAGCCCGACGCAAAGCGUGGCAUGGCGAUCGACCUUCGCGCCCUCCGAGAGCCCAACUAUGCCCUCACCACACUUGCAGUAUGGAUGGUCGAGUUUGCAGUAUUUGUACCUUAUACUUAUCUCUGCUCGUACGGUUUAUAUGCCAAUAUCGGAGAGUCGCUCUCGUACAAACUGUGUAUCUUCCUCAACGUCGGUGCCAUCCCGGGACGCGCAUUUCCAGGACUUCUCGCGGACAGAUUCGGACGGUUCAACGUGAUGGCGUUCACUGCAUUAGUUUGUGCAAUCAUGACGCUCGCAUUGUGGUAUAAUGCUGGCACAAACGAUGCUGCCAUCAUCGCGUACUCGGUUAUGUUCGGGUUCUGGAGCGGUGCGGCUAUCAGCUUGACGCCCGUUUGUAUCGCACAGGUGUGUCGAACGGAGGAUAUAGGCAAGCGAAACGGAACGACGUUCACUCUGGUGAGCUUCGGGACCCUCACUGCGAUCCCUAUUGCGGGGGCGAUACAGGAGAGGGAUGGAGGUGCUUUCUGGGGACUGAUUCUUUUUGGCGGAAUCUUGUAUCUUGCGGCGUGUGCUGCAUUCGUGGUCGCGAGGGGAGUUGCUGGUGGUUGGAGGCUGAGAACAAAAUUUUAG